GUAUUCAAUAAGCUCAGGAACUUGGAUGCUUACCCGAAAAUCAAUGAGGAUUUCUACAACCGUACCCUCUCCGGCGGUGUUAUCACCCUCGUCUCCUCCAUCGCCAUGCUCCUGCUUUUCUUCUCCGAGUUCAGACUGUAUCUCCAUACUGUUACUGAGACUAGGCUUAUUGUAGACACUUCAAGAGGAGAAAAAUUGCAUAUCAAUUUUGAUGUCACCUUUCCAGCCAUCAGGUGUUCAUUACUUAGUGUAGAUGCCAUGGAUAUUAGUGGGGAGCAACAUCUUGACAUAAGACAUGAUAUAUUCAUGAAAAGAAUUGAUUCUCAUGGUAAUGUAUUGAAGUCAGACAAGAAGGAAUUGGUGCACCUAAGGAAUGAUGGGUUGCUAGCAUUUGUUGAGAACUUUGUGAAGUAUCACUUCUUACCAGCAAUGUUUGUAGAUUACAAGAAAGCUGUACAACAGGCCAUAGCAAGCCCAGCUACAUUUCGACCACGAGCACAAGCUGCGACUUCUUUCUCUUCUUCAAUUGAGAAAGGACGACCUGUGUUACAAGGACUUUUGGCAAUAGACUUUUUAGCGAAAGAGGUACUUGGCUGGGCUCAAGCAAUGCCUAAAUUUGCGGCUGAUCUUGUGAACUAUGUGCAAACUUUUAAUGAAAGGACAUACGAAAGAUGGAUAAAUAGAGAACUCCAAGGAUUGACCGGAGCAAUGUUUAAAUUGUGGGAGAAAUGUCAUAUAGCAAAAAUUGCUUUGAAAUGGGGAGUCCCAAACACAGACAAUGAGCAAAUGGCAAGCGAACUCAAGGCAUUUGAAAGCGAUAGUCCGUAUUCUAUCGACGACAUAAAUGAGCUUCAAGAGCAUUGGUCAAAGUUCUUCUUUUCUGAGUGCUUAUAA